AUGAGUGACAAACUACCUAGGGCAGAUGAUUUGGAUGCCACAUGGAAUUUCGUGGAACCAGGUAUCGGGCAGAUCUUGGGCCGAGAUGAAGCCCCUUCUGUUGGUAGAGUCCAAAAAGUACUAUCCGCUACGAUGUACAUGGAUGUUUAUACAGCAAUUUAUAACUACUGUGUUAACAAGUCGCGGUCAACAGGACAUUUCCAAUCGGAUGUAUCUCAAAGACAGUCGAAUCAAUCUUCGAUUCUAAUUGGUGGUGAAAUUUAUGAAAAGUUAAAGACUUAUCUACAUGAUUAUGUUGUUGGUUUACAGAAGGAAGAGUAUGAGUCGUUUUUGCAAUUUUAUCUAAGACACUGGAAAAGGUUUACGAUUGGCGCUAUAUUUUUGAAUCAUGCCUUUGAUUAUAUGAAUAGAUACUGGGUGCAGAAAGAAAGAAGUGACGGGAAAAGGAAUAUAUUUGAUGUUAAUACUCUUUGUUUAAUAACAUGGAAGCAGGUGAUGUUUGAUAAGAAUUGCAAGGGGCUAGUUGAGGAAAUACUACAACAGUUGACGUACCAACGAGACGGCAAAAUUGUCAAUCAGACAGAUAUUACAACGGCUAUCAAAUCUUUUGUUGCAUUGGGUAUCGAUCCUUCUGAUUUAAAGAAAUUGAACUUGAAUGUUUAUAUUCAAAAUUUUGAAUCAGAGUUUUUGAACAGUACCAGAGAUUACUACAGAAAGAUGUCCCAGGAGUAUUUACAAUCACACAGCGUAACGGACUAUAUAUUCGAGGCACAUUCGAGGAUUGCGGAAGAGGAGAGUAAAAUGGUCUUAUAUUUAGAUGAUCAUACCAAGAAGCCACUAUCUGACACUUUAAAUGAAGUACUAAUCACAGAACGUGCCGAAGAAUUAAAAAAGGAGUUCAUAUUAUUGCUGAAAUCCAGGGAUGAAAAUAAAAUUUCUACCCUCUAUAAGUUAAUGCAAAGGGACUUUUCGUUAUUACCGGAGCUUGCAAAAUCAUUUGAGGAACACGUUAAAGAGGUUGGUCAUUCGGAAGUCAGUUAUUUGUUACAUAAACAUAAAGAAGCCCAAAAUUUGGAUACUGGCAAGAAACCCGUGGCAUUGCCACCAAGAGAUUACAUCAAAACUUUGAUUGACGUCUAUACCAUUUUCUCAAAAAUUUCCCAGGAAUGUUUCAAGAAUGAUUCUUUGUUUACUAAAGCCGUUGACAACGCAUCUCGUUAUUACAUUAAUAACAAUGAGUUUGCUCUAGCUCCCGGUUCUUCUAAGAACGCCACAUCUAAGACCCCGGAAAUGUUGGCCAAAUACAGUGACCAGCUAUUAAAGAGGAGUAAAAUUGGUACUGACAGUGAUACAGAUAUGUCUGUGGAUGAAAUUAUGAAGAUCUUUAAAUUCUUGACUGACAAGGACGCCUUUGAGUAUCAUUACAGAAAGAACUUCGCCAAAAGGCUAAUCCAUGGCACAUCUACAUCCGAAGAAGAUGAAGAAUUAGUGAUUCAAAGGUUACAAAGUGAGAACAGCAUGGAAUAUACAGGCAAGAUAACAAAAAUGUUUCAAGAUGUUAGACUAUCUAAACAACUCGAUCAGGAGUUUGAUAAGUUGGUGAAAAGUGAAGCGGACUAUUCCAAAGAAAAAUAUCCAGAGUUCCAACCAUUUGUUCUUGCAGAAACUAUGUGGCCGUUCCCUUACCAGGAAGUUGAUUUCAAACUACCCCAAGAGCUAGUUUCAGAACAUUUUAAACUAGUUGAUCUAUAUGUCAAAAAACACAGUGGCAGAGUACUAAAGUGGUUGUGGCCGUUAUCCCGUGGUGAACUUAGGGCCGAUAUUGGUAGACCAGGAAGGCCCCCAUUCUAUUUCACAGUCACAUUGUUUCAAAUGUCCAUUAUAUUAAUGUUUAACAGAAACGACAUGUUGACAUUCGAGCAAAUCCAAGAGGGUACCAACUUAACUACACAACACAUAAUCUUUUCCAUGAUUCCAUUCAUUAAGAUGAAACUACUACAGCAAACGCCACCUGGCUUGGAUAAUAUGGGUCAACCAGGAACCCAGUACAAACUGAAUACACCAUAUAAGUUGGCAAAAAGCAAGGUAAAUUUCGCAGCCGGUGUAAAAGGAGAUAUAGGUCUUUCCAUGCCUGGCAAGCCUGAUAGUCUAGACUCCGAAAACAUCGACAAAGAAUUAAAUAAAGAGCGACAACUUUUCCUAGAAGCCUGUAUUGUCAGAAUAAUGAAAGCUAAAAGACGUCUUCCUCAUGCAACCUUGGUCAAUGAAUGUAUCGCAGAAUCCCAUCAACGAUUCAAUGCCAAGGUUUCACUCAUUAAAAAAGCCAUUGACAACUUAAUCAGUAAAGAAUAUCUCCAGAGAAGUGAUGACGGCGAGUCAUAUGACUACCUAGCAUAA